AUGGCCAGUCUGCGCGCACCGAAGCGCCCCCGGCUUGGAGACAGGACUGCACUAGCAUGCACAGAGUGUAAACAGAGAAAGCUGAAGUGCGACGGACAGUCCCCGACGUGCCAGCAUUGCCUCAAAACUGGGCGUGAUUGUUUGGUCGAAGACCCAGCAACUGGUCUUCAGCGGCCACGGGACUAUCUGCAGUCGUUAGAAUCACGAGUCGCACUGCUGGAAAGCCUUCUCCGUGAAACUCGACCCGAUGUCGCCAUUGACCAUUUCAACACGGUUAGUCAUUCGAGACUGGGAGAGGUACCUAAUCAAGGGGCUAUAAGCGAACCGCCUCCACAGAUCGACCACGGAUCUUCACAUCAGCCGAUCGACUUCUCCGCCAAUACGCAAGCACCAGUAUCACCCGGGAUCAGCAAUUUUCACCACGAUGACGACGAUGGGGAUGACCUGGCUUCCAAUGUAGCCUUACUCGCACUCAGCGCCUCUGGCCGAGAACCGCACUACUUUGGCCCAUCCUCUGCCUUAUCAUUCUCCCGGAUUGCUUCGUCCGCAUUAAAGACUCAUAAGCGACAUGGCGGUUCUCAACCAAGUACCUACAGUGAUGCAGUAAACCAUGUCCCAGCGCAAAAGUACCAGAAAGUGGUAUUUCCCACUCCAAAUAUCGGCCACACUCUUUCGGCGGCGUACUUUAAUCACGUUCAUCCACAGUAUCCUUUCUUGCAUCGACCUACUCUUGACAAGUGGGAAGAAAAUUGUCUACAGGCACAACAAGCGGGCACUGUUGAUUCUGUCAAAGAGAUCCCCUUGUUUUUCGUUCUUAUGGUUUAUGCGAUUGGGUCGCUUAUCAUCAAAAACGGAGAUCGUAGUGAUGACGCAGAGGCUUAUUAUGCUGCUGCUCUCAACUACGUUGACUUUAUCAUGGACAUGGACAGCAUGGAGUCUAUUCAAGCCGUCUUAGCGUGCGCGGUAUACUCCAUCCGUUCCCCUGUCGGUGCCUCGAUCUGGAAAUUGUCGGGCAUGGCGAUCCGUCAUUGCAUCGAGCUCGGCUAUCAUCGGAGUGUCGAAAGGUUCCGGCCCAAUGCUGACCCCCUUACACGUGAAAUGUCGAAAAGAAUUUUCUGGGUGGCAUAUGAUAUCGACCGCGCAGCUGCCUUGACCCUCGGCCGUCCCUUUGGGAUUUCUGAUCAGAUGAUCGACGUGGAGCUCCCUCUGGACAUUGAUGACAGUGGCAUUACCACUACUGGUAUCCCAGGGCCUGUCCGUCAAGACUCACAUGCACCUCCUACGCAAAUGACCGGAGCUCUCCACAUCAUCAAGCUUCGACAGCUUUGGUCGAGGAUCAGUGAUUCCAUAUAUUCUGCUGUCUCUGUUCAGUCCUCUGAUGGCAGCAGUACAUGUGCCGCCAUCUCAGCACAUGUCCCUGCAUUGCGGCAGGCUCUUGAAGAAUGGUUUGCUGAUACGCCUUACCAGCCUCAACACCCUGAUACUGGGCCAGUCUCGGUCUUCACGUCAAAAGAUUGGUUUCGACUUGCCUACGAUCACAGCAUCAUCCUACUCUAUCGUCAUUGCCUCACUUGUGAAUACCAUCGACAACCCAACGCGUCAUCUAUUGGACCACAGUGCAGUAAAGCUCAAGUUGAUGCUGCAUUUCAAGAGUGUGCCUCGAGCGCUAGACAAAUCUGUGUCCUAUACCGCCGGACGUAUCAACGUUCACCGAUCCGCUAUACCUGGGGCUCCUUGCACAUUCUUUUCCUGGCAGGUCUCACGUACCUGCAUUGCCUAUGGAGUAGCGAGACGGUAAGAAAAAGUAUUCCCAAGCUCGAUGUUAUCAAUACCUGCACAUCGUGCAACAUGGUUCUCGUCAUCAUUGCAGAAAGAUGGAGUGUUGCCGCGUCUUAUAGAGAUCUUUUUGAAAAGCUCUCAGAACGCACCAUCAACAUGGUGUUUGGCGGACCAGGAGGCAACGGAAACAAUAUGAAUGCGCCUCCCUCAUCAUUGACAAACGCUGGUCUCGCACUGGAAUCCAGCCACGACGAUAACCUGAUGUCUCAACCUAUUUUUGACGACUUACAUCUGGAAGAUUGGCUCGUCAAUUUAGAGGAUAUCAACGUCCCCGACGAAUCCGAAUGGCUCGUGCAAGGUCUGAUCCGAGGUUUCGGAGGCCAACAGGACGACAAUAUGACUGGAAAUCUAGAAGGGCCAAUGUUUUGAAUCCUAUGUGAGGCGAUGCGCUUCGUGGAUAUUAUUCAAAAUUCACGCUACUGCGACGUUACAGCUCAGACCUCAUUAUCCAGAACUAUUUCUUGCAGACCAAGAGUACUCGCACAUUUCUCCAAACUUUGUCGCUGCAGUUCCGCAUAGAUGUAUUGUGAGUCAGCGAUCUGACAACCAAGCGCAGCCUCAAGUCCCUGCCGAUCUUCGAAUGGCUCAAAGCCGCAACUAUUCUCCUCGGACGAACUAUAAAGAUUGGAGCGGAAGAUUCCUGCAGCGGAGAAAGGCAGAAAAUCUUCAUAUGUUAUUGGCACCGUCCGGACAAUGCCUCCUUCGACCAGCUUUGACAAUGGGACCCUUGAGCUUGAACCUGAGAAAGCCCCUUCACGGGCCUUAGAAGUACAGCGACAUUCGAAGAAGACUAGACCUCGUCUCAACAUGGUCUCCCAGUGAUCUGGGAAUCUGUCAAAAAUUUGAUUGAAUGAGUCUUCCGCAUCAGUCUCGGCCGACGUCAAUGCUUCGAGUGCUUCGGUCAACAGACUGUUGUACAAUUUCCGGCCUUUCGUUGUCAAGGCAGCUCCACGUUCCUCGAUCUCCCCAAAUCGCGCCUUGUGAGAUCCUGGCUCGAGAUUGGUUGAUCCCCUGACGUGGAAACUGGUCUGCUCACGCAGGGCAAGGAAGCUCGUCUGUCGCAGCAGGAUUGGAGAUUUCCGAGCAGGUGGGCCUUCUAUCCUUGAUUUGAUAGCCAGUCCUUCUGCCUUCAUCUGUGUCUCGGCCCUGUCGAUGUCGAGUGUGCGUGGUGUCAAAUGGUUGAUGUGUGCACUGUUGAAGCAAGUGAUGUCUGCCAGAAUGGGAUGCUCAGCUCCCAGUUUUUGGUAAUCAUCCAAUGUCGCCGCUGCUACCGAGUGCCAUUUGAAGGUUUUCAUGGCUUCGAGGAUGAAAUUCUCUGCUUGAUGAGGAUAGAAGCCACCUUGGUCUUCUCCGACUCCAAUCAACUUUGUGAGCUCGUCGCUGAAAAUGUUACGGCGAAUGAGAAGGCUCAAUGCCAGUUCUCGUGGUUCUGGCCUCAGCAAUUCGGGUCGAAGAAGCGUGGUGAAGACGCGGAAUGGGUUUUUGCUUAAUGCUUCCGGGUCCACUGGACGGAAUGCCGUUGCGUGCAUUGGCAAUCCCGCCACGGACAAGUCGUAAUAGUCGACAGGAUGCAGGCCGAUCAAGGCGAAGAUUCUACGGAUCGUUCGGAGUUCGUAUGGUGUCCCCAGACGGAUGGCUCCGUGUCUUUCUAGGUCAAGUCUCUCCUCCAAGGGUGUUUCUGCCUUGCAAGCUUGAUUGACGUCCUUGACUAUUCUGACCAAGUCACCAUAGAGAGGAACCUCUGCCUUGUACAUUGCCGACAUGGCCAGGGCAAACGUGUUGCGAAGAUCAUCUUUGUCUACCAGAUGUUGAACGUUGAUAUCAUCGGCAGUAGUGGGAGGGGAUGCAUGUACGACUGUGGACAUCAUGCUGUAUUGCAUCCGGUCAAUUCGAUUUGUUGUUGGAUGGUUGCUUCGGAGCUUGUAAAGCGUACAAGAAACAACAAAACCCGUGGUUACGACCGCCAGCAGAAAUUCGGUGAGUCGUUGAUUACAAUCAGUGGAAUACUUUGGUAUAGAUUCUACAGGGCAAAGUAGUACCUAGACAACAUCUAUACGUACCUACUGUGUAUUUCAG